GGAUUUUGAUCUCUCAUUGACGGUAACAAAAGGGUGCGAAAGAAGUACAGAAAUUUAUCACACAAUUGUUGUAACAUUAUGUCUAAAGUGAACACACUGUACAAUUAUUUUAAUUCUCCUAAAACUCCUAAAACUCCUACAACUCCUAAACAAUUAAAUAAUAAGAAACCACCUGACGAAAAAUCUAGCACACCGAAAAGGACAAGGGAACAACGGAAUAAAGCAAAGACUCCGAGCAAGGGAAAAGAGAAUAAAGAUGUUAAAGAUAGGAAAAGAGUCUUUAAAGAUGAUGAUGAUGAUGAUAAAAAAAAGGAAGAAGAGGAGGAGGAAGAAAGCGAGCCAAUACGGCCAAAGAAACGAAGAUUGAUUAUUCCUGAUGAAGAAUCUGGAGAUUCUGAGGAUGAAUUUAAACCUGGAUAAAAAGAAAACAAAGUCGCAACAACAAAAUCAAGCCCAAGGUCCAAAUAAUGUGGAAUCUUGGCGACACUUGAAGUAUGAUUUUCUCCAACCAGAUAAAAUACGAGAUAUUAAUAGAAGACCACCGACUGAUUCAGAAUAUAAUCCUAAAACACUUUAUGUUCCUCAGGAUUUUUUGAACCAACAAACUCCA